UGGAAUUCACCAGGCGUUUAAUGCAGCACUCUCCUUUGCCUGGCUGUUUGCUGUUCUCUCACACUGCUUCAGGCAGAGGUACUCAUGGAUAUGCAGCCUCUGGGGUCAGCAUCUCCUAAUGCACUGCUCAGCAAUCCCUGUUGCGACCUGCCUCCAGACAUCCUUGAGAUAUGGAAACGUGGAGCGGCUUUCACCCCUGUGAUCCUCGCUCGGGGACAGGUGGCGGCCGAGGCCUCAGAGGAGGAAGAGGAGGAGAGGGAGCUGAGGAGGAUGGAGAUGGAGGAGGAGGGGAGAGCAGAGGGGGAGAGGGAGACGGACGCUCUGGAGAUGGCGAUCGAGAAGGAGCUGAGCUCCAAGGAAACCUCCCUGUCACACCCAGAGAUCCCCAGAGGCCUGGAGCACUCCUUGUCUCGGGAGGAAUCAGUUGUUUCAGGCCUCUCUCUGGAGUUGUCUGACAAAGACAUUCCUGGAACACCGCCGAGCCUGGAACCUGCUGAGCUCUCAAGGUCUCCUCCUCAGCCUUCCCUUGGUCGACUGGAAGACAUUCCUGAAGAAAUUCCAGAGCCUUUACAAGCACAACUCGGAACGCCACAGGAUGAUUGGAGGGUUUUUUUCCAACCUCUGCAAAAUCAGGACGAAGUGACAUUUCACUCUUUACUGCCCCCAACAUCGAGCCGUACAACAGUCGCCUGCUCUUUCUGGAGUCUUUUAGAGAAUGUGUUCCGCAAGAGUCUCAUGGUGCACCAGGACGAGCCAUAUGGAGAGAUUUUUGUUUCACGUGGACCUCUGUUUAAUCAAGUAGGAUAACAGCGUUUCAGAUACACUAUAUUAUAAGUAUGUUUUGUAUAUAUAUUAUAUUGUGUAGACAUGAUGCCUAUCAGUUUUGAUCACUGUUGAGCUAUUAAGCUAAACACACUGUUAACCUGCUCACUGUCACCCGCUUCUCAUCCAUGUUUAUAUCUAAACUAUUAUUAGAUUCAU